CCUCUAGACUGUUUAGAAUUUCAACUCUCUUUCCCCUCUUAAAAACCCCCCCACUCUCUUCCAAUCCACUCAUAUUAUUCUUAUCUCCAAUACCCAAUUCUUCAUCUUCAACAAAAUUUUCCUAGAAAAUCAAGAACCUGCUUUCUCUCUGCACAAACAUUAAUGGGUACUUUGGUUGGCCAUGUAGCUCCAGGCUUUGCCUUCUUGUUUCUUGGUUUCUGGCAUCUGUUUAAUCACAUCAGAAUCCAUGCUCAAAAACCCAAUUCUUAUAUCUCUUCUCCUUGGUUUCCAACUUCAAAAUCUAGAUACAUAGAGCUUUUCUUGAUCAUGAUUGGUAGCUCAAUCUCUGUAUCCAUGGAGCUUUUCAUUGGUCCUGAGAGACACCAGCCCUUUGAUCCUGAUGGAACCAUACCAUCAAACCAUCUUCAUAACUUUGAGCACUCUUCAAUCUCAAUGACUUUCUUUGUGUAUGCAGCUUUUGCAAUUGUUCUUGAUAAAAUUAAGCCGAAGGCUCAAUAUGGUUUAACUCAGUUUCUUGCAGCAAUAGCCUUUGGGCAACAGCUUUUUCUCUUCCAUCUUCAUUCAGCUGAUCACAUGGGUGUUGAAGGCCAAUAUCAUUUGCUUCUCCAAAUUGUUAUAGUUGUUUCUCUAGCCACCACACUCAUGGGCAUGGGUAUGGCUAAGAGUUUCAUGGUCAGCUUUGUUAGGUCUGCAAGUAUUAUGUACCAAGGAGUGUGGCUCAUAACCAUGGGCUAUGUACUUUGGACACCAUCUUUGGUUCCCAAAGGUUGUCUCAUUCACUUAGAAGAAGGUCAUCAAGUGGUGAAAUGCUCAGGGGAGGAGAGUCUGCACAGGGCUAAAUCACUAGUGAACAUUCAGUUCAGCUGGUUCUUGAUUGGAUUCACCAUCUUUGUGAUGUGCUUCUACUUGGGCAUGAUCAAAUUCUAUGGUGAACACAAAUUUGAAUACUCACUAACAAAAGAAGAUCAGCUGUUACUGGAAGAAGACUCAGAUGAUGUUGAAUCACAAAACAGUCUCAGCAAAUCAAACAGCUUCAUGCAUAUUGGAAGAAGCUCUGCUCCAAUUGACAUAGAAAGGUAAGAAGAAGAAGAAGAAGAAGAAGAAGAUGGCAGAGAGUUUGAAAGCAAAUUGUAAUUAGGUGUGUAUACAAAAUUAAAUUAUUAGGUUGGUGGGAUCCCACUCUUUGUUUAAUUAAGCAUUCAAUAAUGUUUGCUUAAUGAAAAACAAUAGCAUGGGAAAAUUAAAGUGUGUUGUUUAUUAGGGGGAAUUUGGAAUUUGGCUUGGAUUGGUUGA